UUCCUGCAUUGCUUCGGAUAUCCAGCCGGAGAGAGAGAAGCCCUCUUUCUCCUUCCUUUUCUCUCGACAAACGCAGACGGACCGGACCUUCUCUCUCUCCUCCAUUUCUUGAUCUGCUCAUCUUCACCACCUCUCCUUCGUCUUUUUCAUGCCUUUUUCUUAAUUUUUCCAUAACAUCAACCUGCCCCUCCUCAUUCCAGAUUGGUGUAAUCAUGGAAUUUGAACAAGUGGCAUCAUCAUCACAUUAUUGGUGAAGGGGAUUCGACUUUCUUCUCCAUGUUUAUGUGCUAAUGAUAUUGAUCUGAACUAAAAUUUUGAAGAUGGCACGAGGCAGAAUAAGGGCAAAGCUGCGGCGAAGCCAUCUUUACACAUUUGGGUGUCUCAGGCCAGUUACCACCGAGAGCCAGGAGCCACAUUCAAUUCAAGGGCCCGGUUACACGAGAAUUGUAUAUUGCAACCAACCUCAUAUGCAUAAGCAUAAACCUCUCCGAUAUUGCUCUAAUUAUGUAUCUACCACCAAGUAUAAUUUGAUCACUUUCUUGCGUAAGGCGCUUUAUGAGCAAUUCAAUCGUGUUGCCAAUUUAUACUUCCUUGUGGCUGCAAUUCUGUCUGUAUUUCCUAUUUCACCGUUCAACAAGUGGAGCAUGAUUGCUCCAUUGAUUUUUGUUGUUGGGCUGAGUAUGGCAAAGGAAGCUCUCGAAGACUGGCGCAGGUUUAUGCAGGAUAUGAAGAUUAAUAGCCGGAAAGCUAGUGUCCAUAAGGGAAAUGGUGUUUUUGGUAAUAGGGCAUGGAGGAAACUUCGAGUUGGAGAUGUGGUGAAAGUAGAAAAGGAUCAGUUCUUUCCAGCUGAUUUGCUCUUUUUGUCAUCAAGUUAUGAGGAUGGGAUUUGCUAUGUGGAAACUAUGAACUUAGAUGGUGAGACAAACUUAAAAGUGAAGAGAUCGUUGGAAGUAACCUUGCCUUUGGAUGAUGAUGAAUGUUUCAAGAAUUUCACUGGAAUGAUAAAAUGUGAAGAUCCAAACCCCAAUCUUUAUACCUUCAUUGGAAAUCUGGAGUAUGAGCGACAGGUUUAUCCUCUUGAUCCUACCCAGAUUCUUCUAAGAGAUUCAAAGCUCAGGAAUACAUCUUAUGUCUACGGGGUGGUGAUAUUCACUGGUCACGAUAGCAAAGUUAUGCAGAAUGCGACCAAGUCCCCCUCAAAGAGGAGCAAAAUAGAAAGGAAAAUGGACUAUAUCAUAUACAUCCUUCUAACCCUCCUUGUUCUAGUCUCGUUGAUCAGCUCACUAGGCUUUGCCUUGGAAACGAAAUUUCACAUGUCAGACUGGUGGUACUUACAACCCCAAUUUCCUGAUCAAUCAUAUAACCCAAGCAAUCCUGCCAUUGCUGGAAUGGUCCAUCUGGUCACUGCUCUUUUGCUUUAUGGCUAUUUAAUACCAAUCUCACUGUAUGUUUCAAUCGAGGUUGUAAAGGUUCUGCAAGCAACUUUUAUUAACCAAGACAGACACAUGUACGAUGAUGAAAGUGGAAUUCCUGCAAAUGCACGUACAUCAAAUUUGAACGAAGAGCUUGGCCAAGUAGAUACCAUCCUCUCUGAUAAAACGGGAACUUUGACCUGCAAUCAGAUGGAUUUUCUCAAGUGUUCCAUUGCUGGUACUUCGUAUGGUGUGCGCUCUAGUGAAGUUGAAAUGGCUGCAGCAAAACAAAUGGCUGUUGAUCUUGAGGAGCAGGGUUCAGCAAUAUCUGGUGUUUCCAGGGAUAAGACCAAAGUGCUAGGUUCAUGGCAGAGCAACAAAAGAGAAUCAGAAAUUGAAUUGGAGACUGUUGUGACUUCUAAAGAUGAGAAGGAUCAAAAGCUUCCCAUCAGGGGGUUUAGCUUUGAGGAUAGCCGUCUCCUAAAUGGAAAUUGGUUGAAUGAACCGAACAUAGAUGUCCUUAUGUUGUUUUUCCGGAUACUAUCUGUUUGUCACACUGCCAUUCCUGAGCUGAACGAAGAGACUGGUAUUUAUACAUAUGAAGCAGAGUCUCCUGAUGAAGCAGCAUUCCUUGUUGCAGCAAGAGAAUUUGGUUUUGAGUUUUGUAAGAGAACUCAAUCAAGUGUGUUUAUCCAUGAAAAAUAUUCGUCUUCAGGACAACCAAUUGAAAGGGAGUUCAAAAUUCUAAAUUUGUUGGAUUUCACUAGCAAAAGAAAACGAAUGUCUGUUAUUGUGCGUGAUGAGGAAGGUCAGAUUCUCCUUCUGUGUAAAGGUGCUGACAGCAUCAUUUUCGAUCGGCUGUCAAAGAGUGGAAGAAUGUAUGAGGAAGUUACCAGUAAGCAUUUAAAUGAAUAUGGAGAAGCUGGGUUACGCACAUUGGCCCUUGCAUAUAAAAAGCUUGAUGAGUCUGAGUAUUCUGCAUGGAAUAAUGAAUUCCUUAAAGCAAAAACUUCUAUUGGAGCUGAUAGAGAUGCGAUGCUUGAGCGUGUAUCAGAUAUGAUGGAAAGAGAUUUGAUCCUUGUUGGCGCUACUGCUGUGGAGGACAAAUUGCAAAAAGGAGUGCCUCAGUGCAUAUAUAAACUUGCGCAGGCUGGUCUCAAGAUCUGGGUUUUGACGGGGGAUAAAAUGGAAACUGCAAUCAACAUAGGAUUUGCAUGUAGUUUGUUACGACAAGGCAUGAAGCAGAUCUGUAUAACAGCAAUGAAUUCAGAUUCGUCGAACCAAGAUUCCAAAGAGGCUGUGAGAGAAAAUAUUGUGAUGCAAAUUACCAAUGCUUCACGGAUGAUCAAGCUGGAAAAGGAUCCCCAUGCAGCAUUUGCUUUGAUCAUUGAUGGGAAAACUCUAACUUAUGCCUUGGAGGAUGAUAUGAAGCAUCAGUUCUUGGCAUUGGCAGUUGAUUGUGCAUCCAUUAUAUGCUGUCGAGUUUCUCCUAAGCAGAAGGCCCUGGUAACAAGACUAGUAAAAGAAGGAACAGGGAAGACCACAUUAGCAAUUGGUGACGGAGCAAAUGAUGUUGGCAUGAUUCAAGAAGCUGACAUUGGUGUAGGCAUCAGUGGGGUGGAAGGUAUGCAGGCUGUUAUGGCUAGUGACUUUUCCAUUGCCCAGUUUCGGUUUUUAGAAAGACUUCUUGUUGUCCAUGGACACUGGUGCUACAAGAGGAUAGCUCAAAUGAUUUGCUACUUCUUCUACAAAAAUAUAGCAUUUGGUCUCACCCUUUUCUACUUCGAGGCUUUCACCGGCUUCUCUGGGCAAUCUGUUUAUAAUGAUUCUUAUUUGUUAUUGUUCAAUGUCGUGCUUACGUCAUUGCCAGUCAUUUCCCUUGGAGUGUUUGAACAGGAUGUUUCUUCUGAGGUUUGUUUACAGUUCCCUGCACUGUAUCAGCAAGGACCUAGAAAUUUGUUUUUUGAUUGGUAUCGGAUACUUGGUUGGAUGGGAAAUGGCGUCUAUUCUUCUCUUGUAAUAUUCUUCCUUAAUAUUGCCAUUUUCCAUGAUCAAGCUUUCCGUGCUGGAGGACAGACUGCCGACAUGGAUGUUGUGGGUACCACCAUGUUCACUUGCAUUAUCUGGGCUGUGAAUGCACAGAUUGCACUGACGAUGAGCCACUUUACAUGGAUCCAACAUCUUUUAGUCUGGGGCAGCAUCGCCACCUGGUAUAUUUUUCUAGUACUUUAUGGCCUGAUGCCUCCCAGUAUUUCAGGGAAUGUUCACGAACUCCUUGUUGAAGCUCUUGCAUCUGCGCCCCUUUACUGGAUAGCCAUGUUCUUAGUAGUAGUUGCUUGUAAUCUCCCUUAUUUCGCACAUAUAUCUAUUCAAAGAACUUUAAAUCCCUUGGAUCAUCAUAUCAUCCAAGAAAUAAAGUACUACAGAAAAGACGUGGAGGACGAGCGCAUGUGGACCCGCGAGAGGUCCAAAGCAAGACAAGAAACCAAGAUUGGAUUCACAGCAAGAGUAGAUGCAAAAAUCAGGCAGUUGAGAGGGAAGCUGCAGAAGAAGCAGUCGACCUUGGAUGUACAACAUGUGAUGCCCCCAUCAUCAUGAUGUCCAUGAGUAUCGGGGAUUGGCAUCAAGAUUUGUUUUGGUUUUCGGCCGUUUGCAGUUCAACAAGAAGGCAUUCUUCUGAUUCAUUUUUGGAGAUGAUUUAUAUCCAGUAAAGUUGGGGUGGUUCAGAUCCCGUUCCUGGGGAGCUGUUGUUUGUACACUAUUUAAAGGAGUCGAGAGUUAAGGAGGUUGUUUGAAGAUUUGGUGUCAGCAUCUGCUUUUCGUGUUCUUGGCUCUUUACAUGUGUAUUUGACUGAUGAAACAUUUAGAUGUAUAGUAAUAGUAAUGCAGGACACAAAAGCGAGUAGAAAUGUCUCUUGGCAGCCUAUUCUUAAUACAUUUUGCGAGUGGUUAUAAGAAAUUUUGUUAAGAUCA